CGUUAUACACGCCAAUUGCUCCCAGUGCCUGCCUAUUUUCAUAAGGAAAUGGAGAAUGCUUCGUUAGUCGACAAACCAUCAGAGGCGGAAGGUGUGAACAGAAAAUCACAUCAUGCUAAGCGACAGACACUUGUCCGCCUGAAAUUUUUAGCGACCACACUCUUUCUACUGGCAUCUAUCGUCCUCAUUAUAAUGAUGUUCAUUGCAUUGCCGGCCCGCAUUUUCAGUGUAGCUGUACCUGAUAGAAUAUGCACAGAUAACAUCAACAAGGUGGCCUCAAUCUCAUUCGCCGCUGCUUACAACGAAACAAACUUUGAAAAUGAUUCAACUACCGACCAAUGGGCAACUGUGAUGAGACUCAUAUUUCAAAUGAAUCCUUUGAGUAUCACAAUGGCUUGGGGUCCAUUGACAUUUCCGAAUGCGAAAGCUAUCGAUACAGUGUGGAAUUUGGUUGUCAGCCGUAUGGGUCAAAUCGUCUUCGGCAUCGUGAGUUAUAGAGUCAUCAUCACUUGGCUAAUCGAAAGAAUGAGAUCGCAGAGCGUGCCAUAUCAAUUGGUGAGAGAGACUGCCUCAUCUAGAGGUUAUUCUAUCGUGGUACUUUGGCAUCUUAUCAACAUGAAACGUGGCUUCAAGCUUUGGAAAUAGCACAAAGUUCAAUUGCUCAGCUUUGCACUUUGUAUUUCUUUUGUUUUGAUUUAUCCCAUAUUGAC